GCAAACAACUGAAAGUGGCACAACACAACACAAACCUUUUUAAGAUUUGGGGAAACGGCGCUACUAUUGUUUCUGUUUUUCGAUUUACAACCAUGUUAUCCUCAUCUUUCAGUUUGUUUAUGCAGGGUAUUGAUUUAUCUCCUUAUUCUUGGACACAGAAUUUUAGGUUACAGAUCUCUUCUCUGACUUCUGUAAAUGCAUAUUUGUAGAUAUGUUCCUCCAUGGCUCUCUCAGAUUCUCGCCUGUAUGGGGUAACCGAAACAUAAAGGGUUUUAGCCUCCCUAUAUCAGCAUCGCGAACGCAAUUACCGCUGCACGCGUUUGUCCGCACUUCCGCAGCGCAGCCUCAAUUUAAAACCCUGCUUGAGAGCAGAGGUUGUCUUGGAUGCUUUCCAAAACCUAUCUCAAUGGAUGAGGCAUCUAAGGGGCUAAUAACUCAAGGCUCAGCAAUUAAUAACUAUGACAGAUCAGAAGAUAUUUGGAGCAGCAGCUCAUUCUAUAUGGAUCACAGUGCAGGUUAUUCCCAGAGAAGCUUCUCAUCAAUUACCAUACCAAACCAUCCUUCUGAUCCUCAAAGCAGUGCUGGCAAUCAGAUUGAUCAUCCUGAAGAAUUUGUCAAUCAUGGUCUUCGUCUCUGGAAGCAGACAAGGAAACAAUGGGUUGGAAAUAAAAAGACCGAGCGACGGAUGCAAGUUGGAGAAUCCAGAAUAAGUUGGAAUGCUACCUACGAGAGUCUACUCGGAACCACCAGGCCAUUUCGCCAGCCCAUUCCUCUUGGAGAAAUGGUUGAGUUUCUUGUUGACAUUUGGGAGCUAGAGGGGCUUGUAUGACUAGCAGGAAAGGCUUUUCACCCUAGAUUUUAGUGGAGAGAGGACGUGAGGUAGAAUUUGUUCAUCCUCCUAAUAUUCUAUUGGAUAGUUGUAAAUGGGCUAACUCAUAUUAGUUACCUUUAUUUUAUUUUUAAGAGGCUUCCUUUCUACAUGAAGUAGAUUAGAUUUUGUAAUCCUUCCUGCUUUUCUAAGCAAAGUAAUUGUGAUGUACUUAAGUUAAUUUCAUGCUUAAGCUGUGAUGCAAGCUUUUUUUUCUAACCGCUCUGUGUUUGGAUA